AUGAGGUGUGGUAUUGUGUUUAUAGUUUCUUGUGUUUACAUAUGUUUCAUUCUCAGCCAUGUUGAAGGGGUGGAAGCUGGAGAUCAGCCCUCAGAGUGUUGGGAUGAAAUCCCAUUCCCUGGAAAAUGCGGUUUUCACGGAAACAAGAAAUGCUUCAAAGAAAUGCUUUCCAAGAACCAAACACAACGCUUUCUUCGUUGCAUAUGUAAUAACUGGGAACCACUCAAUUCUCGUAAGGAAGAACAUGUCUGCAGAUGUCAAAGGGCUAAUCCCAAUAAUUGUACUUUACCUUAG